AUGUCAAAUCAAUCAGGAAUUGCCACACUGUUGAGAGCCGAAAAAGAAGCACAUGAAAUUGUUUCUAAAUCAAGAGCUUACCGUACAAGUCGUCUAAAAGCUGCUAAGACCGAUGCUUCAUCAGAAAUUGCUGCCUACAAACAAAAGAAGGAACAAGAAUUGAAACAAUAUGAAGCUGAACACUCUGGCUUGAACGAAACUGCUGAUAAGGAAGCUGAAGCUCAAGUCAAAGAGGAAUUAGAAAAGAUCCAGAAAACCGCAUCAGAAAAACAAGCUGAAGUUGUUAAAUUAUUGAUUAAUGCUGUCACCAAACCAACUCCAGAAUUACAUAUCAAUGCUUCUUCAUAA